AUGGACGUGGACAUGGACGUGGACAUGGACGUGGACGUGGACAUGGACGUGGACGUGCACGUGGACAUGGACGUGGACGUGGACAUGGACGUGGACGUGGACGUGGAGGUGGACGUGGAGGUGGACGUGGAGGUGGACGUGGACGUGGACGUGGACGUGGACGUGGACAUGGACGUGGACAUGGACGUGGACCUGGACGUGGGCGUGGACGUGGACGUGGACGUGGACGUGGAGAUGGACGUGGACGUGGACGUGGAGGACUUGGACGUGGAGAUGGACGUUAAAGUGGACGUGGACGUGGACAUGGACGUGGACGUGGACAUGGACGUGGACGUGGACGUGGACAUGGACGUGGACAUGUACGUGGACGUCGACGUGGAAGUGGACGUGGACGUGGAGAACUUGGACGUGGACAUGGACGUGGACAUGGACGUGGACGUGGACGUGGAUGAAGACAUGGUCGUAGAUGUGGAGGUGGACGUGGACGUGGACGUGGACGUGGACAUGGACUUAGACGUGGACGUGGACGUGGACGUGGACGUGGACGUGGACGUGGUCGUGGACGUGGACGUGGUCUUGGACAUAGACGUGGACGUGGACAUGUACGUGGACGUGGACGUGGACGUAGACAUGGACGUGGACCUGGACGUGGACGAGGACGUGGACGUGGACAUGGACGUGGACGUGGACAUAGACAGGGACAUGGACUUGGACAUGGACGUGGACAUGGACGUGGACGUGGACAUGGACAUGGACAUGGACGUGGACGUGAACGUGGACGUGGACAUAGACGUGGACGUGGACGUGGACAUGGACAUGGACACUUCCGAUACUGACCGACGUGGCCAAUGCACCAUUUUCUCUAUACAUGUGCGUUGA